AUGGUAAGUGAGCAUAUCUUGCUUGCCUUGCUAAAACCAUCUGAGCAACGCACAAAUGCAGAAAUAGAACUUAUUGCAAACUUUUGCAGGCUUUUUACUGUUUUUAAUGAUAUACCGGAGCAUCUAUUUAAUGCAUUUUGUAGAAUUAUAGAAAUAGAAGAGUACGAAAGUGGGGCAGUUGUAUACAAUGAAGGUGAUAUAGGAUCAGAUUGGUUUAUUAUUAUAGAAGGUACUGUUAAUGUUGUUUCAAAUGCAAGUUCAACUAAUCCAGUAAGUGCCGUCAUGAAAAUUGGUGAUCAAUUCGGUAGAAAUGCACUUGAGCAAGAUGUUAUUAGAGCAGAAACAAUCACUUGCACGAGCCAUGUUUAUUUAUUACGAGUUAAUCGAAGACCAUACCAAGAGAUUACAAAUUCCGCUUCAUCAGGCCUUGAUGGAGAAGGUCAGGCAUUUGCCAAUGAGUUUUUAUGCCAACUUAAUGCAAUUCAAGGAAUGAAUAUUGCAACUUCAAUUUGCAGAAGAGUUUUCCCAUCAAAUACAGUAAUUAUGAAACAGAAUGAAGAAACUGAAGGAAUAUUCUAUAUCUUAAAAGGAUCUGCAGCCGUUGUUCGUGAAGUUGAGUUCAAAGAAAACAAAGUUCCCGUUACCAGACUAAUUGAAAUUGAUGAACUCGUUACUGGUGCUAUAUUUGGAGUAAGAUCGUUAUGCCUAGGAACACCAGAAAACGUUUCUGUUAUAGCUAAGUGCGAAUUAACAACUUUAUUCCUUUCCAGAUCAGAUUUCUUCAGAAAAGUAGAUACACAGAAGCAGAAACAAUGCUUACCGGCUGAUUAUCCUGACGAUGCAACCAUUAGAAAGUUAUUUAGAAAGCAAAUGAAGUGGGAACAAUAUAAGAAGAAAGUUGUUAGAGAAGUUUUACAACAUAAGAAAGCAAAGAAAGAACUCAGACUCCAGUAUUAA